AGGCAUCUUUCUUAAUAAUCUGUACGCAAAUUGUUCGUCCUCCAUUUUCAUUCAGAAGCAGCAAAGAACAUUCUGAUUUCCCAGUCGGAGAAAUAGAAAGAGAGAUCUUUUGUCAAUGGCGGACCUAGACGACAACAAGCCUCUUAGGGAUAUAUCGGAGGCCUUCAAGGAGCUUGCGGCCACUGUCAAUGCCCAGACCGCAGACGUCGAGGUCGCCCCUUUCUCUCGCGCUUGCUCUCUCAUCUCGCCUCUCUUUGGCUGCUUGGGUAUCGCCUUUAAGUUCGCCGAGAUUGACUACGUCGCAAAGGUUAAGGACCUUGCAGAGGCGUCGAAGUCGAUUGGGAGCUUGCAGGCUUUGCUUGAACAAGAUAUCGCAGCAAACACAAUAAAGAAAGCCGGUAGUCAUUCGAGAAACCUCUUGAGAGUGAAACGUGGGCUCGAUAUGGUCAGGAUACUGUUUGAGCAGAUGCUAGCUACAGAAGGGAAUUCCCUGAAGGAUCCAGCUUCCAAGGCUUAUGCACAGGUAUUUGCUCCCCACCAUGGAUGGGCCAUCAGGAAGGCCGUUGCUGCAGGGAUGUAUGCCCUUCCUACAAAGGCACAGCUACUGAGGAAGCUCAAUGAAGAAGAGGCGUCGGCAAGGAUCGAAAUGCAAAGUUACAUCGCUACAUCAGCUCCUUUGAUCCUGUACAUCGACAAUCUUUUCCUUGCAAGAGAACUGGGUGUAGAUUGGUGAAACAUGGGUCGUUACACGAUUACUCAGUUUUAUUUGAUUAGACCAAUCUAUGUUAACUUGGGACAAGCUGGAUAUUAUUGAUGCAAUUAUACAAAUACAACGAAAUUAUACAAUAUGAUGACAGACUUUGUUGCUAA